AUGCCUUAUGAAACAAGAUUCGGGCCUUUAAAGAAUGCGAUUGAUUGGGCAUCUAGACCACCAAAUGUGUGGGCUGACAAAGCUGCUGCUAUAGUGAGUGCGGGAGGAGGUUUUGGUGGGGGACGAUCACAGUAUCAUCUCCGCCAGAUCGGAAUUUACCUUGACAUUCAUUUUAUCAAUAAGCCUGAAUUUUUCCUGAAUGCAUUCCAACCUCCUGUGAAGUUUGAUAGUGAUGGCAACUUGACCGAUGCUGAUACUAAGGAGAGGUUGAAAGAAGUUCUUUUAGCUUUGCAGGCAUUCACAUUGCGACUCCAAGGUAAGAGCUGAACAGUUUGUGUGGCUCAGGCUCCUCCAUGUGAACUAUAUUCAUGCCUGCAUCUAUUAUGCCUUGGACAUGAAAUUGUUGUGCAAUCUAGAGAACACUCUUUUUGUAUUCUUUCAGUUGGAACUUUUAAUUUCCUGCUUACUUCUUCUUCUGUGUCGUGUGCUGACACAUUGAUUGUAUCUGUAUAGCUAUGGUGGGAUAGGUGCUCUUUCUUCUGUUUGUUUGGCAGAUUGUGCAGGUUAAAACGUGGACACAUUAGUACAUAUAAAAUUUCUAGGCUUAAAUUUUCUACACUAUAUGAACCAGUAUUUGUCAAGGCUAGAUCUGGAUCCAGUAGGACAAUGCAG